UUCAAAUGACGUCACGACAUGACGGGAAACGCGGAAGAGCGCAAAAGGCCACAGUUUCAACUGGUGACAUUUCUGUGGACGUUUUAAACUCGUUUUGAAACUACAUAUUAACCAAACUGACUUUUAAUAAAAGUCGAUUUAACGCUAAAGCACUUUCUAAAUGUUGUGGGUAGAAGCUGUGCUGUAAUCGGUUUGUAAGGAGUUUAUACCCAUCAUCAUGAGUAAUUUUGGGGACGAUAGUGAUUCUGAAAAGGAUCGGAUCAUGAUGGACCGGCCGCCCAGCAGUUACGGCUCCAUGCAAAGUGACGAUCAUGAAGAGGAACUUAAUGACUUUGAUGAAUCGCCGCUCAAACAAUCAACAAGGGUCAGGCUUAAUCGCCCAGAUUCGCCAGAGACCGCAAUUACUGAACGUACAAACACAAACCAGUCCAGCAUAUACAAAGAUGGACUGUUCCUGAGACAACCCAUCAUGCACAUGGGCGAUUAUCAUGUUCAACACAGCAUUAACAGAGAGCCCUCGAUCAUGGAGCCGUCUGAGAUGCAGAGCGACAUAAGAACAGAAGCAGCGAUGGAUGAAGAGUUGAAUGACAGAGACACGGAGAUGAAUGAGAGAGGCGUGCAGGAAGUGCAGAAUGAAAACGCUGCAAUGCAGGUCCAGGUGGAGCAGGCAGAGGCAACGACAGAAGAGGAGGAUUUUGAUGAAAUUGUUAUACAAUGUGAAGAACUGAGAGAUCCUCCUCCUCUUCCUCCGGAAGGCGUCGGUCUGCAGUUUAAACACAAACACAGCUCCCUCACACUGCGCCAUGUGUUAAAGCAAAUGGUGGGGUGUCUUUCCCAGCUCCAUCCAGGAGAGAUUGCCUAUUUUAAGCGUUGUCUGAGCACUCACUACAGAUUCAGGAAGAACUACUCGACAAUUGCGGAUCUUAAUGACCCACUGGAUGUGAUCGAUAAAAUGAUCGAGGUCUGUGGGCUGGGAGAAACUCUGCAUCUCACCAUACGAUCCCUCCACAACGUUGGAAAAGGCAAUCUAGACGGAUACCUAAGGAAGAGCUGUAGAAGAGCUGUGUUACUGCAUGACCUGAAAUUAGCUUACAACAGACGCUAUUACAAUCUCUAUGAAGGCCGAUGUCGUCCUGGUCAACAGCGCUACAUCAGUGACGUCUAUGUUGAACCCGUAACAGUCAUCAGAGGCACCAGGGAGCCUAUCAACCCUGAGAAUGAGGUCCUCAAGAUACCUUAUACAAUCGAGGAGACCCAAAUCAGAGCUGCAGACAUCUUUCGACCCCUUCCUCACGAACAGAAACCAAUCCGUAUGGUCAUGAUGACGGGAAUUCCCGCCUGCGGUCUAACGGUGGCUAUUAAUAAGUUCAUCAUUGACUGGAUGGAGGAAAAAAGCAAUCAGGAUUUUCAGUUCGUGUUCCCUUUGCCGGCGAAGGAGUUUCACCUUGGGAAAGACGGAAAUCAGAGCUUCUUAGAGCUACUCGGUAGCAUUUUCGCAGAGGCUGACGACAUUAAAUUCAUCGAGAAGCCCGAUUGCUUGAGUCUGUUUGUUAUUAACGCUCUAGAAUGUUACAAGCACAACCUGGACUUCAAAAACAAUGAAAUUAUCACAAGCGCCAGGACGAAAGCACCAUUAGAUGCUCUUCUCACCAGUUUAAUAAAAGGCACGUUGCUUCCGAAUGCCAGAGUUUGGAUCACCAGCCACGUCACUGCCUCCCAUCGAAUUCCUCCGCAUCUAAUCGACAGGUAUGUAGAUUUAAGAGGAUUCACGGAUGAGAAGAAGGAAGAGUACUUUACCAAGAGAACCACUGAACCUGAGCUCGGGAGGAAGGUUUAUAACCACAUGAAGCGCUCCAAAGCGCUUGAGAUCAUCUGCCACAUUCCUCUCUUCAGCUGGAUGGUGGCGUUCAUCUUCGAACGAGGGUUUCGAGAUCCCGAAUACGGCAAACACCCACCUGGCAUCACAGCGUUUUAUUCGCAGUACAUCAUUGUGCAAAUGAACCGCUCGUUUGAGAAAUACCGCGGCGGCAGCAGCGAGGCACAGGAUUGGAAGGAUGAAGAUAAGAUGUUUAUUGAGAUGUUGGGGAAAAUGUCAUAUCGGAUGAUUCUAGAUAGACGGGACUGGUUUAAGGUGGACGAUUUGACCUCUGUUCACCUCACAUAUGAAGAUUUGCGCACUCGGGAUGAGUUAACCACUGAGGUCAAACGAAGAAACGAAGACCUUCGAACGUGGGUCUUCAAGUUUGUUCACAUUACUAUUCAGGAAUACAUGGCCGCUAUGUAUGUUUAUGUGACGUUUAGAAAACACGGGAAAAAUGUGAUCGAACCAAGCAAAAUGUCUUGGUUUCAGGGCACAAACAAGGAUCGGUCUAUGAUUGAGCUCUUCCGUCCCGCCAUCGACCGUGCGUUGGCGUCUCCGAAUGGACAUCUGGACAUGUUCCUGCGCUUCCUGAUCGGAUUGUUGACUCCAGGAACUGAGGAUAACUUGCGCGGAUACCAGCUCAAUCACUACCACCCCAAAGCCAAAGGCACGGAGGAUGUGGUCAAAUACAUCAACAAAAAAAUGAGAGAAAACCUUCAUCCAGACAGGAGAAGAAACCUGGAGUUGUGUCUGGUGGAGCUGGAAGAAGGCAAAGAAGGAAGAUGAGAAGAAACACAGCAAGGCAGUGUUCAAUCUAUGAGGUGGGACUGUGUAACACUAAACGCAGCGUCCCGCAGGAGCGACUCAGUUAAAGGGAUGGUUCACCCUGUCAUUAUUUACACUAGGGUUGUCACGAUACCAUAAACACAUGUUACGAUACUAUACCAGCUGAAGUAUCAGGACACCGUGUUGUAUCGCCAUACCAUGCCAACUUAGAGAUGUAUGCAUAUUAUAUAAGACCGGUUUCACACCGCAUGUAUAAGCAGUGCAUAUUUUUUUCAGGCCCAUGUUAAAAGAGAAGAGAAGUGCAGGAAUCGUUUCAGCACUGAGUAUAAUUUUAAUGCACAGCUCACACUGAAUUAAAGCCACACUGCAUUAUUUUUUAUAUAAAAUAGACAUGAGUAAACACAAAAAAUAACAAAUUUCACCAUAAAAUCUAAUUUUAACCUUUUAGCGACUGCCCUACAUACAACAUUGCUUCUAUACUACCUCUUUAAAAAAAAUACAGUUGUGUCGCCAGUAUUU